AUGUAUGAGUUGGCAGAAGUGGUGGACGAAUGGACCAAAGAGUACGACUCAAGGACACGACUUAUGCACCCAUAUGCACCUUAUAUGGGAUGUGCCUAUAGGCACCCACCGGGACCUGAUCCAAAGACCCUUUUCAAACUAGCCUGCGUCUACACUAGUGAUCGUCCCAGAACCGAUGUACCUCAGACUAUGGCAUGCAACAAGAAGGCAGACUGUGGAUAUUUCGGAUAUGGUUUUUAUUGCCUCACUAAUCUUUGCUUUGCUCCAACCCGCACUGCUAUCUUAUAA